ACUCGGGAGGUGUUUCAAGAAUUCCAAACAAGUGGGAGGCCAUAUCAUUGGCUCUUCGAAAUCCCUCUCCCUUGAACUGCAGCUGCCUUUGAUUUGCGUUCUGGGGAGAAUUUUUAUCUUUUUUCGUAAAGAAAAUAGGAAAAAGAAAACAUUAAGAAAAAAAGUUAGGAAAACAAUCUUGAGGGAAAGAAAAGUGGUGUGUUAUCCCAUUUUUCUUUCUCCCUCCCUUUUGGUAUAUUGAAGAUUGUCCAGCCUCGAAAAUGUCCUACGGAGAAGAUUCAAAGAGGAAGAAGAGAUUAGCCAUUAUUGGCGUCUCUUCUUUUCUCCUUGUAGCUAUGGUGGUUGCUGUCACCGUUAGUAUUGGUUUCAACAAUGAUGGAGAGAGCGAAGAUGACAUUAACGGAAAAAACCACAAAAGCAAAGAGGUGUCUGCCUCCAUGAAAGCCAUCAAAACUCUUUGCCAGCCCACAUAUUAUAAGCAAACAUGCGAACGAAGCCUUGCAAAAUCUGCAGGAAACACGACCGACCCCAAAGAACUUAUUAAGAUUGCAUUCAAGCUUGCUGAGAAACAAAUUGAUUCUGCUUCCAAGAAAUCACUUACCUUGCUAGAACUCGAAAAGGAUCCAAGAACUCGUGGUGCUCUUAAUAGCUGCAAAGAACUCAUGACCAUGUCUAUUAAUGAGCUUCGGAGCUCCUUGGAAAAAGUUGCAGACUUUGAUUUUAGCCAAUUGGAUGAACUGAUGGCAGACAUAAAGACUUGGCUUAGCGCUGCCAUUACUUACGAAGAGACUUGCCUGGAUGCAUUCGAAAAUACAACUACCAAUGCUGGAGAGAAAAUGAAGAAGGCAUUAAAGACUGCAAUGGAAAUGAGUAGCAAUGGUCUUGACAUUGUUUCAGGAAUCUCUUCUGUGCUUACAGAUCUUCAGAUCCCAGGUGUAAGUCGCCGCCUUCUUCAGGAUGACAUUCCUGUUGCAGGACAUGGUGAUAUAUCCCAAGCAUUUCCUGCCUGGAUCGAUCCUGGUACACGACGACUCCUUAGUGCUCCUCCUUCAAAUAUUAAGCCAGAUCUUGUUGUUGCUAAGGAUGGCAGUGGAGACUACAAAACUAUCCUCGAAGCAUUGCCACAAAUCCCCAAAAAGAGCAACGAGACUUUUGUGCUUUAUAUCAAGGAAGGAAUCUACGAAGAGUAUGUUGAGUUCAAUAGGAGCAUGACCAACUUGGUGGUUAUUGGAGAUGGUCCUGAUAAGACUCGCAUCACUGGUAGCAAGAAUUUUGUCGACGGAAUCAACACCUACCGCACCGCAACAGUUGCUGUUAUUGGAGACAACUUUGUGGCUAGGAAUAUUGGGUUUGAAAAUAGUGCUGGUGCCAUUAAACAUCAAGCUGUAGCAUUGAGGGUUUCAUCAGAUUAUGCUGUCUUCUACAAUUGCUCAAUGGAUGGUUACCAAGACACACUAUACACACAUGCCAAGCGCCAGUUCUACCGUGAUUGCACCGUUUCAGGAACCAUCGAUUUCGUAUUUGGUGAUGCGCCAGUCGUCUUCCAAAAUUGUACAUUCUUGGUUCGCAAGCCUUUAGAAAACCAACAGUGCAUAGUGACUGCACAAGGCAGGAAGGCAAGGAGACAACCAUCAGCUAUUAUCAUUCAAAACAGCACAAUCACUGCUCAUCCUGAAUUGGAACCUGUCAAGGACCAGUACAAGUCAUAUCUUGGCAGGCCGUGGAAAGAGUUCUCAAGAACAAUCAUCAUGGAGACUUUCAUUGAUGAUUUGAUUCAACCUGAAGGAUGGUCCCCUUGGUUCGGAAGUUUUGGACUGAAAACUUGUUGGUAUGGAGAAUACAAUAACUACGGUCCUGGUUCGGACAUGAAAAACCGUGUAAAAUGGAACGGAAUUAAGCCUGUUUCUCGCCAGCACGCCAUAGAUUUCACACCAGGAAGAUUUCUCCGAGGAGAUAGCUGGAUCAAGCCAACAGGAGUGCCUUAUGCACCCUACUUGACGAGACCUUGAAAGCAACAACUUUUUUCUUUUUCACUUUUUAGUCUGUCUGUGUGUUGUAUUGCCUAUGUAUGCUUGCCCUAAAUACACACAACUAGAUUUCCCUGAAUUUGUAUAAAUAAGAAAACCCGUAACUUCACCUUGCCCUUCAGGUUUUCUGUUCUUUAAUUCUUUUGAUGUUAGUGAACAGCAUUACUUCUACACAGACAUGGAUCUGUUCUUCUUUAGUAAAAUCAAACUAUAGAGUCCUUUUACCCCUUC